AUGGCUGUCAGUGAGGUUAGCUAUAAGUCGCCUUCAUCGUCAGGUAGUUCUAGUAACGAGGCUAGCUUAUUCAAUACCUCAUUCUAUCCUCUGAAUGUGCACCUCUUCAACUCCUUUUUAGGCCUAUCCAAAAACUUCAAUGUCGUCCACAUUAAUGCUCAAAGUGUUCCGGCGCAUUAUUCCUAUCUGUUUACAUCUUUACAAUACUGUAAUAUUCACGCUAUUCUUAUUUCUGAAUCCUGGCUUAAACCUAGUCUUCCUUCUACUUCCUUUCCCAUUCCUGGCUUUCAUCUUCUACGGAACGACCGUCUGGCUAGAGUUGAAGGUGGUGUUGCUAUUUAUUUACGUGCCCAUAUCUCUUAUUUUAUUCUUAGCAGCUCACCGCAACCCCCACCAAAUGAUGCAGUUGAGCAUUUUUCACUCGAAGUAUCUUUUUCGUAUUCCAAAUUACUCCUUGGAGUGUUUUAUAGUUUCUCCCUGAAUGUAGACUAUUUUUCUGCCCUUGGUCUCCUGUUAGAUAAUUUUAUUAAUAACAAUAAGCACACCAUUUUUAUGGGAGAUCUUAAUACUUGCUUGCUGAGAAAUGAUCAUCGCUCGCGCAAACCAACAUCUACCAUCGAAUCUUAUAAUUUUAAUAUAACUUACCUUUGA